AUGAAGUCUUUUUCAGUGUUCAAGUUCUCCCCAGACCAUUUUGCUUAUUGCUUGCAGAAAUGCCUGAAAGCAAAGACUUUGAGACAAGGGAAGCAAGUCCAUGCAGUGUUGUUAUUAACUGGGUUUGACAUGAACUUGUUAUCUAUGAGCUCCAAGCUUGUUGGCAUGUACGCAAGUUGUGGGGAUGUGAGUUCUGCACGGAAGGUGUUUGAUGAAAUUCCCAACCCAAAUGUGUUCUCAUUGAAUUGGAUGGUUUUGGCUUCGGCGUUUAAUGGGUGGUUUGAGCAAGCAAUUGGGUACUUUUCUUUGAUGCAAGAGAUGGGAAUGGUUGGGAAUAAGUUCAGUUUUCCUGUGAUGCUUAAGGUUUGUGUUGGUUUGAUGGAUUUGAAUAAGGGGAAGGAAGUUCAUGCUGUGGUGUAUAAGAUGGGGUUCGAAAAGGAUGUUGCUUUGGGGAAUACAUUGGUUGAUAUGUAUUGCAAAUGUGGAAGCUUGUGUUAUGGUCAUAGAGUUUUUGAUCGAAUGCAUGAAAGAGAUGUAGCUUCUUGGACAUCUAUGAUAUGUGGGUAUUGUAAUGUGGGAAGGACUGAUCAAGGGGCAAUGUUGUUUGAGAGGAUGAAGUUAGAGGGGUUGGAACCGAAUGAUUUCACUUGGAAUGCAGUGAUAGCCGGGUAUGCUCGGAGUGGAGAUAGCAAUCGAGUAUAUGUGCUGCUAUCUAGGAUGACUAAAGAAGGGUUUGUUCCUGAUUUGGUUACAUGGAAUGCAAUAAUUUCAGGUUUUACCCAAAGCCAGGAGGCAGGUGAAGCCUUUAAGUUUUUCAGUGCUAUGUUAGUGUCUGGAGUUAAACCCAACCUGGUCACUAUCACAGGUUUGCUCCCAGCUUGUGGAUUGAUUGGUUCAGUUGAAAGAGGGAGAGAGAUUCAUGGAUUGAUAUUUAGGAUGGGGUUUGACAUCAAUGUCUUUGUUGCUAGUGCUCUUAUUGACAUGUACUCGAAAUGUGGCAGUGUUAAAAAUGCUCGAAGUGUAUUUGACUGGACUCCUGUAAACAAUGUUGCGUCGUGGAAUGCAAUGAUUGGAUGUUAUGGUAAGCAUGGUCUGGUUGAUUCUGCGGUAGAGCUUUUCGAUAGAAUGCAAGAGGAAGGAGUUCAGGCUACUGUAGUGACUUUAACUUCUGUACUUUCUGCAUGCAGCCAUAGUGGUUCUGUAGAAAAGGGUUUAGAGAUAUUCAGGUCCAUGAAAGAGAGCCAUGGAAUUGUGGUGUGUAAAGAACAUUAUGGGUGUGUUGUUGAUCUCUUGUGCCGUUCAGGGAAGAUGGUAGAAGCUUACGAGUUUGUAAAGUCCAUUCCAAUAAAUGUCACCGAAUCCAUGAUUGGAGCUUUUUUCAACGGGUGUAAAGUCCAUGAAAGGAGAGAUCUUGCUAAAUUGAUGGCUGAUGAUAUUCUAAAAAUGGAGUUAAAGAGACCUGGAGGUUUUGUAACACUUUCAAAUAUCUAUGCUGCUGAUGGAGAGUGGGAAGAAGUUGAGUAUGUAAGGAAGGUGAUGAAGCAGAGGAAGGUCCUUAAGAAACCUGGAUUUAGUUGGCUUGACUAA